CUGUCUACAUUCAUUGACCAUCAGGACAGCAGAGUACAGCAGUGCAUUCAUCUCCAUACAAAGAAAACAAAAGCAGGAGAAUGGAUCCCAUGCUGAAUUCACCUGAGAAAUCUCAAUUUCCUCCACCACCUGUCUACCAGGACAGUCCACCUGCAUAUCCUCCAUCUUAUCCAGGCCAGUCAGUCCCGCAGGGUCCCUAUGUUCAAGGGCCACAUCCAGGACAAACGGUGGUCACGGUGCAGCCUGCAGUUUUUGUGACCGCUGCUCCCCUGCAAUCUGCACUGCCGGAUUACCUGUGUUACUCCAUCUUCAACCUGUUUUGCUGCUGUUUCCCUCUGGGCAUCGCAGCACUGAUAUUUUCCGUCUCUACUCGAAAUGCCAAUUUCGCAGGACAGCGUGAAUUGGCAGAGAAGAACUCCAAAACGGCGAGAACCCUGAACCACGUUGGUGUUGGUCUCGGCAUCGUUUCUAUUACAUUGAUUAUUAUCUUAAACGUUGUGUUACAUUAAAAUGCAUGUGGAAAGUAUACAUAUCCACAAAUGACCUGCUGUCAUUGUUGGGUGCAGAAAACUAACAAAUUUGGAUUUUCUUCAUUUUAAAAGUGUGCCAACAGUGAUCAUUCGGUGUUUGAUGAACAAAAGCAGUACCGGCAUGUUGCAUUUAUCAUGAAUAAAACAACACUAAUUUUA